AUGCAAGGCAGCCGGGACGUCCGUCGACGGAGCACCUGGACAAAACACCACCUAAUCCUGAAAAUACCCGCUGCCACCAAUCCAUCCCACCAUCGUCGUGGUAUCCGCUGUUCAUCUGACAUCGGCAUCGGUAUUGCACGGCGGGUGCAAAACCCAACCCACGCAGCCCCACCCAAGGAAGCGCCGAUGAGAGGAGCUGGAAAUCCAGAUCAGUCAGGCGUGAAAAUGUCCAGCUUAGACCUGGCCAUUGGUGGCACGGCAGAGGGGGGAAAGGGUAUCCUGAAGCUCGUCCGUCGGAAGGGAGAAAAAAAAAAAGCUGUUCCUCAGACAAAAUAUUGA